AUGAUAGAGGUUUUAGUAAACGAUCGACUUGGUAAGAAAGUGUGUGUGAAAUGCCUUGAGGAAGACACUAUUGGUGAGUUUAAACAAGUGUUGAGUGUUCAACUUGGGACUGCGAGUGCUGCCAAGAUCGUGUUGCAAAAAGGUGGUAGUGUAUUGAAGGAUCACAUUACUCUGGAGGAUUACGAAAUUCAUGACGGAACUAACCUCGAGUUGUACUAUGUGUAA